AAAGAAUUACUUUAUAUAUUUUCAAGUCACUCGCGCUAUGUAAACACUCCAUCGUUUAUCUUCUGAACAAAGUGAUCUUGAUUCUUGUCCCUACCAGUUUAUGUUGAACAGCUGUGAUAUGAGUUUACGACAUAAUAUUCCAAUCAAACCGCGACCAAAAUGAAUGCGUUGUGUGUGUGUUCCGUGAUUCUGUGCUUAAUCUCUGUGUGUUUGAAUAUUUGUAGUUGUGAAUCGGAUACGUCGCCCAAAAUAAUUAUAGACAACGACGCGGGCGGGGACGAUGCUAUGGCAAUAUUUUUAGCAUUGCUGUACGAGAAGCACUUUAAUGGAUCAAAACUAAUCGGUUUAACGACAGGAAAUGGAAACACGAAUGAGGACAACGUUUGUCGAAACAACCAGCGAAUACUCAAAGUAGCUAAAAGGCAAGAUGUCCCUAUAUACAGAGGAAGCAAAGAAUCCAUGGUUAUAACUCCUGCUGCUGGAAACUAUUAUGGUAAAGAUGGUUUGGGCGACUCUGGCGAAGUGCUCUCAGGUCUUGUUGAACCAAAAGAGCUUGAUGCAGUCUCCGCUUUAAUAGAACUAUCGAAAACUCAUGAAGGUCAAUUAACUGUGAUAACGCUCGGAGCGCUUACAAACGUUGCGAUGGCUUUAAAAUUGGACCCCAAUUUCUUGAAUCGAUUAUCUCAGCUAUACAUCGGUGCUGGACACAUUCAUGAUGAAGAAAUCCCAAACCCAGAGUUUAAUGCACAAAUGGACGUGGAAGCUUACCACGUGGUAGCCCAGCAUGCGACACCUGAUAAAGUGACCGUUUUUCCCUUCUCACAAACUAUGCGCUAUUUGAACUUUAGUCUGGAAUGGAGAGAACAAGUAUUAGGAGCAAUAAACACUGAUAUAAUCAAAGCACAAAAUCUGUAUGAAAAAGUUUCACUGAAAAGAGGUGACCGGUGGCAGGCGCUUGACCCAGCCACUGUGGCCAUCGCCCUUAAGCCCGAGCUGGUGGAUGAGUACAAGUACUCUAAGAACGAUAUUACGUUAUGCGGUAGUAAACGAGGAAUCAACACCAACGAGUUUGUGGAUAAAAAGGAUGCUAACGUUAGGAUUGCUUAUUCUGUAAAAACGGAAGAAUAUAGACAAUUUCUAUUAGAACUUUUUGCUCUUGAAUAGUUCUAAAAUAGUUAGCUUAGCUUGAUGUUCUUGAUAUUGGUGAAAUUCAUUAAAAAAAUAAAAUCAU